AUGUCUGCUACCUGGUUCGACCAACAGAAGAGGUCCUUCGCGGACGUCAAGAUCGAUGCUGCCAACGACAACGGCAUCUCGACCACUGAGUUCCUUGAAGCUGCCGAGUCCCUCACCACUCUUUUCGAUGUUCUCGGCUCCAAGGCUUUCACUCCUGUCAAGAGUGAUCUGACCAACAACAUCAAGAAAGUCAGGGAGAGGCAGCUGGCUGCCCCCGCUGAGUCUGAGACCCUCCAGGCUCUUGUUGUCAACGAGCUGAAGACCAAGAAGCACGUCGCCUCUGAAGGUCUGCUCUGGCUUGUCAGAGGUCUUGACUUCACCGCCCAGGCCCUCCGCCACAACCUGAACAACGGCAGCACCGAGCUGUCCGACUCCUUCCGUGAAGCCUACGGCAACACCCUCAAGCCCCACCACUCCUUCGUUAUCAAGCCCAUCUUCUCUGCUGCUAUGUCGGCUACCCCCUACCGCAAGGAUUUCUACGCCAAGCUUGGUGAGGACCAGGCUAAGGUUAACGAGUCCCUGAACGCCGAGGUAGUGGCUCUUGAGAAGAACGUCGCCAUCCUGAAGGAGUUCCAGGGCCGUAAGGAGGCGAAGUGGUAG